AUGGAUUCCUCACCCAACGUUGUCGACCCUGCGUCGCUGAGUGUUAGGGGCUACACCCAAGGCUACCCGACUCCCCCUCCCAUGUCAGACGACAAAGAAUCUAGCCAACCACCGUCAGACCAACCGUCGAAGAAGAAGCGGAAGGCCUGGGGUCAACCGGUUCCGGAGAUCAAACAGAUUCUUCCUCCACGCAAACGAGCCAAGACAGCCGAGGAGAAGGAGCAGAGGAAGAACGAACGGAUACUCCGAAAUCGAAGAGCUGCAGACAAGUCUCGACAACGUCAAAAAGCGGCCGUCGCUGAACUCGAGGCGAGGCAAGGCCGGAUCGAGAGAGAGAAUGCCUGUCUUCGAGACCUUCUCGCUCGAUAUCAGUCGAGGUUCGGCGUUCAGGAUGACUUCCCGCCUCCAGUCGCCCCCGAACCCGCCUUUAUGGACCUCGAACUAGAUUCACCUCCGUGUGAACAGAAAGCCGAUUCCUUACACACGCCUUUUAGUCCAUCUUCCUACGGCACCCCAGACGUCGAAUCCAACCACCCAACCCUCGUUGCAUCCGACAACACACCCCCUCUCAAACACGAAUCACCCGUCCUCGCACCACAAUUGAACUUGAUCAACGAACACACCGAGAGUGAACAAAUUGACUCGAUGGUGAGCUUCCAGAGCUUCCCAGCGGUCUCCGGCUUGGCACAAUAUCCUGCUGCGAUAUUGUGUGACCUGCAGUGUCAACCGGAGACCUGGGCUAUGAAGCUUCCGGUGGUUCCCUCCAGUCAGCAGUCCAACCUUGGUCUCAGCUACCUCCUCCAGGUGUUCCAGACUUUGACGAUAUUUCACACCUUCUCAACGACAACGCUCUUGCCGAUCUGCAGUCUCUUCCAGAUCUUAGCUCAGCGAUUGUCAAUGACCUCGACGGAGCAGGAUUUCUCCUCCAUCCUGACCAACUUCCCACUAAUUCAUUCUUUGAUUUCGAUGCCUUCGACAUCGACCAGGCCAGCGGUCUUCCGCAUGAAACUUCUGAGCCGACUACUCGCGUGCAGCCCACACAUGGCGCGCCUAUUACUGGCAGCGACAGACCGGGCUUUGCAGCAAGUGGUUAGCGAAGAUGGUUUCGCCGAAGACCCUGACCGUCGAUGGACUUGGUCGAGUCUCAUGACUAUUAAGUGGGUUAUUGUGAGGUUGGAACGAGAGCAUCGGAAGAUCCGACGUCAGGUCUGGGCGAGACGGGAGGGACUUUCAAAUCUCAAGGUUAUGGCGGGCGUUGAUUAUGGUGCAGUGGCCAGGAGCUCACAGCUCUGGCAAGGUCAAGGCACGGGUCCGGUUUCCAAUUGUAUGACUACUAGAGAUGAUGGUUGGGUGCCAGCACAGGAAGUGCACUAA